AUGAUUGCCUACCUGGCCAGCGCUGCCCACAGCGUCAUUGCCUGCGACUCGACUCUGAUGCCCCCGCCGGCCCGGGAAUCCAAGAGUCACAGCCAGAGCCAGGACCGACCUCCCACUCCGCCUCACAGCCCCGAACCCCGGGCCGUGUGCAGCACUGACGAUGCCCUGCCCACGCUGGAAGAGUUCAUCACCCAGCUGGUCGUCUCGUCCAAUGUCCAGGUGCCCACCCUCAUGUCGACGCUGGUCUACCUCAACCGCCUCAAGGCCAAGCUGCAGCCCAUGGCCCGUGGCCUGCGGUGCACCACCCACCGCAUCUUCCUGGCCGCCCUGAUCCUCUCGGCCAAGUACCUCAACGACAGCUCGCCCAAGAACAAGCACUGGGCCAACUACACCCACAUGAACACCGACUACUACAGCUUCGGCUUCACCCGCACCGAGGUCAACCUGAUGGAGAAGCAGCUGCUGUUCCUCCUCGAGUGGGAGCUGAGGAUCACCGAGCACGAUCUGUACCGCGAGCUGGACUACUUCCUGGAGCCCGUGCGCAUCAAGAUUGCCGAGAGGCACGCGCGCAAGAUGCGCCACCGCGAGGAGAAGAAGCGCCAGCAGGAGAUGUACGCCGCCGCCGCCGCCGCAGCCCGGUACCCCAGCCCAGUCUCGUACCGCAGCUCCCGAUCUCGCCAUGCCAGCCCCGACCAUUACCGCGCCCACAGCAGCAGCGGCUCCAGCAACGGCUCCGUCUCCCCUCCCAGCUUGGUCUACAGCUCCAACAGCUCCGCCAGCUCCUAUGCCUCGUCCAUCGCCUCGAGCAGGCAGCAGUCGCCGUCUCCGUACAUGUAUGGCGCCAGCCAGGGCAGCCUGUACGACUCGCCCGUCGUUGUCAUGGACCGAGACGAGCCCAAGUCGCAGGCACCCAGCGUGCGAAUGCUCUCCUACGACAUCUCCGUCGAGCCCUACGAGCCGAUGAAUGAGGUGUCCACCAAGAAGCGACACAGGCGCGCAUUGUGGGAGCGCCUCAUCGGCUCUGCCGCCGUCGCUGUCCGAUAA